GCCACCGAAAGUGAGGCUGGUGAUAUGGACCUGAGUGGGCUGCCAGAAACGGCGGUGGAUUCCGAGGACGAUGACGAUGAGGAAGACAUCGAGCGGGCGUCGGAUCCUCUGAUGAGCAGGGACAUUGUGCGAGACUGCCUGGAGAAGGACCCGAUCGACAGGACGGACGAUGACAUCGAACAACUCUUGGAAUUCAUGCACCAGUUGCCUGCUUUCGCCAAUAUGACGAUGUCGGUGAGACGAGAACUCUGUGCCGUGAUGGUGUUCGCAGUGGUGGAGAGAGCAGGAACUGUAGUGUUAAAUGAUGGUGAAGAGCUGGACUCCUGGUCAGUGAUUCUCAAUGGUUCUGUGGAGGUGACUUAUCCAGACGGGAAGGCAGAGAUGUUAUGCAUGGGAAAUAGUUUUGGUGUCUCUCCAACCAUGGACAAAGAGUACAUGAAAGGAGUCAUGAGGACAAAGGUGGAUGACUGCCAGUUUGUCUGCAUAGCCCAGCAAGAUUACUGCCGAAUUCUCAACCAGGUAGAAAAGAACAUGCAAAAAGUGGAAGAAGAAGGCGAGAUUGUUAUGGUGAAAGAACACCGAGAACUUGAUCGCACUGGCACAAGAAAGGGGCACAUCGUCAUCAAGGGUACCUCAGAACGGCUAACGAUGCACUUGGUGGAAGAACACUCGGUAGUGGAUCCAACGUUCAUAGAAGACUUCCUGUUGACCUAUAGGACUUUUCUCUCUAGCCCAAUGGAAGUGGGCAAAAAGUUAUUGGAGUGGUUUAAUGACCCGAGCCUCAGGGAUAAGGUUACACGGGUAGUUUUAUUGUGGGUAAAUAAUCACUUCAAUGACUUUGAAGGAGAUCCGGCAAUGACUCGAUUUCUAGAAGAAUUUGAAAACAAUCUGGAAAGGGAGAAAAUGGGUGGGCAUCUCAGGCUGCUGAAUAUCGCGUGUGCAGCGAAAGCAAAAAGAAGAUUGAUGACGUACAAAGCCGUCCGGGAAGCUCCUUUGCCUUUCAUCUUACUUGGAGGCUCUGAGAAGGGAUUUGGGAUCUUUGUUGACAGUGUAGAUUCAGGUAGCAAAGCAACAGAAGCAGGCUUGAAACGUGGGGAUCAGAUAUUAGAAGUAAAUGGCCAAAACUUUGAAAAUAUUCAGCUGUCAAAAGCCAUGGAAAUUCUUAGAAAUAACACACAUUUAUCUAUCACUGUGAAAACCAAUUUAUUUGUAUUUAAAGAACUUCUAACGAGAUUGUCGGGAGAGAAAAGAAACGGUGCCCCUCACCUUCCUAAGAUUGGAGACAUCAAGAAGGCCAGCCGCUACUCCAUUCCCGAUCUCGCUGUGGACGUGGAGCAGGUGAUAGGCCUUGAAAAAGUCAACAAAAAAAGUAAAGCAAACACUGUUGGAGGAAGGAACAAGCUAAAAAAAAUACUUGACAAGACUCGGAUAAGUAUCUUGCCACAGAAACCAUAUAAGUAAGUGCCUG